AUGUCCCUGGCUGGCUUGAAGUGCCUGGUGACGGGAGCUGGGGGGUUUCUUGGCCAAACAAUUGUUUGCCAGUUGCUGGAGGAAGCAGAGAAACUGGCCGAGGUUCGUGCAUUGGACAAGGCUUUCAGUUCCAAGACUCUUCGGCGUUUCGAAGAUCUGAAGAGUACGACUCUCUUGACAAUCAUGAAAGGGGAUAUCCGGGAUGCAUCGUUCCUCCACAAAGCUGUCCAAGGGAUCUCACUUGUCAUACACUCAGCUUGCGUCAUCGACAUCUUGGGUUUGGUGGAAAAGCAGGUGCUGUGGGACAUCAACGUUGGAGGUACACAACUUCUGCUGGAAGCAUGCCUCCUCAGUGAUGUCAAAUACUUUAUCUACACCAGCAGCAUCGAAGUGGCAGGUCCAAACUGCAAAGGUGACCCCAUAUGCAAUGGCGAUGAAGACACAAUAUACCAAGUCACUGACGGAUUCCCUUAUGCUGAAACUAAGAGAGAGGCAGAAAAAUCUGUGCUGGAGUUAGACGGCCUGCCAUUGAAGGACGGCAGCAGUUUUGUGACGUGUGCGUUGAGGCCCAUGUAUAUCUUUGGAGAAGGAAGUCCUUUUCUUCUGAAGCACAUUGACGAAAGCAUCUUAAACAAUAAAGUCUUCUUGAGGAUCUCCAGGAAGGAAGCUCUCGUAAACCCAGUCUACGUGGGGAACAUCGCUUGGGCUCAUAUCCAAGCAGCAAGAGCCAUGAGGAAUCCGGAGAAGGUCAAGCAGGUGCGAGGACAAUUCUAUUACAUUGCAGAUGACUCUCCCCAUUUAAGCUACGCAGACUUCAACCAUGAGUUGGCUAAGGAGCUGGGGUUUGGCGUGGAGCCCAAGCUAGCAAUGCCCCUGACAGUCCUCUACUGCUACGCUCUGUUGCUGAAAAUCAUGAGCUUCUUGCUUCGGCCUUUUGUCCGGUAUGUCCCCGUCAUCAAUCGUCACGUGUUGACUUUGCUGAACACCCCAUUCACCUUUUCUUACAAGAGGGCACAAAGAGAUUUUGGCUACACACCUCGCUACAGUUGGGAAGAGGCCAAACGGCACACCAGCCAGUGGAUUGCUGAGGUGACACCAUCGAGAACAACCUACCUGAGAAGCAAGAAAGUCUAA